GUGCGCAGCGGGCGUCGGGGCGGGGGCGCGCUCCCGCCCGCCCCUGCGGGUCUCCCUUUAAAGGCAGCGGCGGCGGCCCGGCCGGGCGUCCCCGUCGCCGCCUCAGGAGCGCCGCCAUCAUGUAUCGCCGCUUGGGAGAGUUGCUGGCGCCCGCCCGCGCCGCCGCCGCCUCCGCCUCCUCGGCCUCUCCGUGCGCGGAGCCCUGCGCGGCCUCGGCCUUGCAGCUGGUGGUGCCCGGGGAGUCCCGCCGUGGCUACAGCCAGGCGGUGAGCCGCGACGAGGCCUCCGAGGACGACCCGAACUUCUUCCGCAUGGUGGAAGGCUUCUUCGACCGCGGCGCCAGCAUCGUGGAGGACCAGCUGGUAUCCGGGCUUCGCACCCGCGAGAGCGCCGAGGACAAGCGGCACCGCGUGCGCGGCAUCCUCCGCAUCAUCAAGCCCUGCAACCACGUGCUCAGCGUCUCCUUCCCCAUCAAGCGCGACAACGGCGAGUGGGAGGUGGUGGAGGGCUACCGCGCCCAGCACAGCCAGCACCGCACGCCCUGCAAGGGAGGUAUUCGUUACAGCAUGGAAGUGAGUGUUGAUGAAGUAAAAGCUUUAGCUUCUCUUAUGACAUAUAAAUGUGCAGUAGUUGAUGUGCCAUUUGGUGGUGCAAAGGCUGGUGUUAAGAUCAAUCCUAGGCUAUAUACAGAUAAUGAAUUGGAAAAAAUCACAAGGCGGUUUACCAUAGAACUCGCAAAGAAAGGCUUCAUUGGGCCCGGUGUGGAUGUGCCGGCUCCUGACAUGAGCACCGGUGAACGGGAGAUGUCGUGGAUUGCAGACACCUAUGCUAAUACCAUAGGGCACUAUGACAUCAAUGCCCAUGCCUGUGUGACGGGAAAACCCAUCAGCCAGGGUGGCAUCCACGGCCGCAUCUCUGCCACGGGUCGUGGCGUCUUUCACGGGAUUGAGAACUUCAUCAAUGAAGCAUCGUACAUGAGCCUCUUGGGGAUGACUCCAGGAUUUGGAGAUAAAACUUUUGCCAUCCAGGGAUUUGGCAACGUAGGUUUGCAUUCUAUGAGAUACCUUCAUCGCUAUGGAGCAAAAUGUAUAGCUAUUGGAGAAAAAGAUGGUGCUAUCUGGAAUCCUGAUGGACUUGACCCAAAGGAGUUGGAAGAUUAUAAACUGCAACACGGAUCCAUUCUCACCUAUCCAAAAGCCCAGGCUCUUGACUGCCACAUUCUUGAAACCGAUUGUGACAUCCUCAUCCCGGCAGCUAGUGAAAAACAGUUGACAAAAGCCAACGCCCACAACGUCAGAGCGAAAAUCAUUGCUGAAGGUGCUAAUGGACCCACGACCCCUGAAGCUGAUAAGAUAUUCUUGGAACGGAACAUCAUGGUUAUUCCAGACCUUUAUUUAAAUGCUGGUGGUGUGACUGUUUCUUAUUUUGAAUGGUUGAAGAACCUGAACCACGUCAGCUAUGGCCGCCUGACCUUCAAGUAUGAAAGGGACUCAAACUACCAUCUACUAAUGUCGGUUCAGGAGAGCUUGGAAAGAAAGUUUGGGAAACACGGGGGAAGUAUUCCAGUUGUGCCUACUGCAGAAUUCCAGGAUAGAAUAUCUGGUGCCUCUGAAAAAGACAUUGUGCAUUCGGGUUUGGCUUACACCAUGGAGCGAUCCGCACGGCAAAUCAUGCGUACCGCCAUGAAGUACAACCUCGGUCUGGACCUGAGAACAGCCGCCUACGUCAAUGCGAUUGAGAAAGUCUUCAAAGUGUACAACGAAGCCGGUCUGACCUUCACAUAAACGGCUCCCUCGUCUCAGCCUGACACACCGUGUUCUGAGUCCCGUUGGAAAAAAAGCUUAUGAGAAGUUUACACAGAAAACCCCCUUUCUCACUUAGCCGUAGUGGAUAUGAUUCUCAGUUAGCCUCCGUUCAAGCUAGUCCUUUUUUUAUAUAUAAUAUGGGGUGGGGGAGAAUCCACAAAUUUAGGGUUCCGAGUUGAGAGAGACGACUACAGAUAACCAGCUCAUCUGCACCGCCUAGAGUUUUUUGUAGGUUUCAUCUUGAGAAGUUUAAACCUGUUAAAACCGUUUUUCUCUGUACGGAAGCGCAGCCUUGCCACAAUAAGCAACCUUAGCAUCGCUUCUGGCAAUGUAUAACGCUGAAGGAAAUAUUAACUGUUCAAGCACUUUGGCUUCAGGCAAUGCUACACUUGUAGUUUAGGCACUUUUGAGUAAAAGCUCUUGGAUCGGUUCUGAAGGCUGAAUGGGUGACCUUCAGGGAAUAACCUAGAUUUUUCCCCCAUUUUUACAGUUACAGGAGAGCCAGAAGCCUUGUUUCUCUUUUAGCAACUGUUGUGUUGUUUCUUCCUUUUUUUAAAAAAAUCUUUGCUCCUGCUACAGGCCUGCCUCUAAAUCAUGUACUUAGCCUCCCCUUGAUUUAAGCACUAUCUGGUUGUGCGUAAAGAGAGGAGUUCCAGGAACUGAUUCUUUUUAUAAGCUGAACAAGCAUCGUUGAUGCCCAGAUAACCACGGGAGAAUGCCUUCUUGUCACUACAUAUCCACUUAGCUUAUGUAUUUUUUUUAAAAAAAAGGAUAACACGUACUUGAGCAUAACCUUGGGAUGUCUGAAGAAUUUUUGUAAGUUUUUAUUCUUCUUGUACUUUAGUUUUUGAAGUGCUUUUAGCAUUAGUGUUGGCCCGUUGAACAAUUAAGCGUAGGAAUUAUUGAUAUACCAAGAUGUUUGGCAGGCACAUUGACAUAAUUUUUGCUCCAUACAUCUGGAAAUGCUGAACCUGGAAAAAUUGGUUGGAGGGGGGCCUCGAAUCAGGAUUGGAUUGUUCCCGUAGCUGCCUUGAGGGUCUUGACAUGGUCUUGUGUCCAGAUGAACUCUAUAAAGUGCCAGAUGUAUUUAUCUAAUCCAGAGGUCUUCAAACUUGGCAGCUUUAAAACUUGUGGACUUCAACCCCCAGAAUUCUCCAACCAGCAUAGCUGGCUAGAGAAUUCAGGGAGUUGAAGUCCACAAGUCCUAAAGGUGCCAAGUUUGAAGACCCCUGAUCUAAUCAGUUAGGAUGUUUUUAAAAUACACCCCAAGCCUGUCCUGGAAAUUCAUGCUUUUUUUUUCUAGCUCCUUUAUAACUCAUGACAUAACAUGGCAACAAAAGCAAUUAUUAAAAGUUGACAUUUUGAAACA